CUUUGGAGGAUAAGGAGGAGCCUCAGUGUCCCCCGGGACUCCGGCAGUACGAGACGAUGGCCGUGCUGCGGCCUGACAUGACGGAGGAUGAGCGGCUUUCUUUUACGCAGAGAUACGAAGAGCUGCUCAUCACCGGCGGUGGAAUGUAUGUAGAGGUGUUCAAUCGAGGCGUAAUCCCGCUCGCAUACAGCAUAAAGAAGAAAAACAAAGCUGGCGAAAGCAACACGUACUUGGAUGGCAUCUACCUGCUCUUCACCUAUUUUACCAAACCCGAGUCGAUUAUCGCACUCGAAACCAGACUUAAAAAAGAUGACGAUGUCAUUCGUUCAUCCUCUUUCAAGAUUAGGAAGAGGAGAUAUUAGAAGCUUUCUUAAACGUCAAAGCUCACAUGUAACAACAUAUGCUUCUUCAUCAUCAUCAUCCAUGUUUUGUUUGUUAAGUAUGCUUGUUUCUUAUUGCUGUGUUACUACUGAGGCUGUGCAGCAAUUAUUGAUUGUUUGUGGUUUGUGGUGCAUCAGUAGCAGCUUAGUAAAGAAUUACAUGUGUGCACAGAAUUAUGUAAACUUUAGUCUUUUAUUGCAAUUCUAGAGAUUUUUGUAUGGCUGUGUUAGAUGAGAAAAUAUUGCGUCUGGAUAACGGAUGCGAUGCACGAGAAAGUUGGCGCUUCCUCUGUGUAUCGCGUCCGUUGUCUGGACAGAGCUCACGUCCGGACUCCAGACAACAAUAUUUUUUCGCGUUAGACACUAGUUGUGAUUAUUUUAGUUGAAAAGAGCAGA